AUGCAAGAAUCUCAUAGCACUCAUUCGUUCCAUGAAUCAGAGCCAUUAGCAGAUGGUAGGCGAACCUUAAGAGAUAGAAGUAAUUCUGCAAAGUUUUCAUCAAGCGAAAUAUUCUUUCAAGGUAAAUUCGAGGGAAGUUGGGAAUUAUUACCACAAAAAUCGAAUAUAAAACCAUAUAGAGAAGGCGAGUCAAUUACGUUUGAUCCUACAUCUCAAAAUUUCUAUUUUUCUUAUGGACUUGAGGAGAAUGAAAAAUAUUCAGAUUCUGUCUACGCAUAUAAUAUAAAUAAUCAAGAUUGGACUAAACUAGAUAUCAAAGGAACUAAGAAAAAAGCAUAUUGCGGUUCAACUUUCGCUGAUAAUAAAUUAUGGUUUUUUGGAGGAUCGAUUCUUAAUGAUUUUAUUCAAGAUUUCCAUUAUAUAGAUCUAAAAACUAACGAAGCUGUAUAUCCAGAAACAAAAGGAGCACUUCCUCCAAAAUGUCAUUCUCCAUUAGUUUUUCAACAUAACACAGAUCUUAUUGUUUGGACACCAGCGACACGCUCAACAUCCUCAUCUCUUCAUAUACUUAAUUUGAAUACGAUGACGUGGAGCCAGAUAGAAACAGAACAUGUAUACAGAUUAGGAGCUGCCGCUUCAAUCCUAGAUGACCGAUUAUACAUUCUAGGUACAGCAAGCUCAUCAGAAACAGUAAUUUCAUUAAAUUUAAACGACUACAGUCUGACAGUAUUACAAGCAACUGGCGAAGAUCCUCCAUGCGCGCCAGAAUCUAUGUUUGUUCGUACAAUGGGUGAGUAUAUAGUCCUUGUUAGCUCAUCGUGCGAAGAGAAAACUCCAUGCCUGUACUUUUUCAUACCAAAGAAAGCUUUAUGGCUAAAAAUUAUAUAUAAAAAGCGUGAACUCAAAGGUCAUGCAAUCGGCUUUUUCGCUGAUAAAAAGGCCAACGCGCUUUAUUUACUGCUCCGCUACACUCAAGAGGAGUGCAGCGAGAGGAGUGUCGAAAUUGCAUGCAUAAAUGCCGGAGUUUCGAUGGCAUUUAUUAAUCACGAAUUAGAUAUGAUGCAAAUGUUAUUUUAA